AUGACUUCAGAACUCGAUGCUGGUUCACUCUUCAAUGUCGAUGGCGUUGUUGCAGUAGUGACAGGCGGUGCCACUGGCAUUGGCCUCAUGUUUGUCAAGGCUCUGCUUCAGAAUGGUGCUUCCAAGGUAUACAUCGCCGGUCGAAGAAAGGAAAAGCUGGAUGAGGUAGUCAGCUCAUUGGGCGAUAGGGUCGUUGGAGUUCAAUGCGACGUCACCUCCAAAGAGGAUCUCCAGAAUACCGUGUCACAGAUCGAGAAGGAUGCUGGAUACAUAAAUCUUCUAGUUUGCAACAGUGGGAUUGGAGGGCCCCAAGUCAAGCCUAUUACUCCCGAAACUUCCUUGGAGGAAUGGGCAAAGACCAACUUUGACACUGAUUUCAACGCUUACGUCAACACGUUUGCCAUCAACACUGCCUCGGUCUGGUUUACUAGCAUGGCUUUCCUCGAGUUGCUGAAGAAGGGCAAUGAAAAAGGCAACGUUGAACAGACGUCUCAAAUUAUUGUUACCAGCUCUAUUGCUGCUUUCAAUAAGAAGGCUCCCGGUGGUUGGGCUUAUGGACAGUCCAAAGCAGGUGCUGUUCAUGCAGCGAAGCAGCUCGCAGUUGCUCUGCCUCAAUGGAACAUUCGUGCCAAUUGUAUCUGCCCAGGAUUAUUCCCCAGUGAAAUGUCUGAACCAAUUGUCAAGAUGUACUCGGAUGAAUCUGGACAACCUGGAGCGAUCCCGACAUCAAUUGCGCCACUUCGAAGAAUGGGAGACGAGAAGGACAUGUCGGGAACGUUUCUCUAUCUUGCGUCGAGAGCAGGCGGAUAUUGCAAUGGCGCAGUUAUAGUGGUUGAUGGCGGUCGUUUGGGCAACUUCCCCACUACAAAUUAG